AUCUAUACGUUAUUUAUUUAAACACUAAAUGCAAAAUAGUAUGUUACAUGCUUACUUCGUACCUAAAAGUACUUAAAAAAAGAAAAAAUUAAAAAAAGAAAGGUUUCAGCAUAUAAAUUGUUAGCAACAUUAUUUAAUGAGCAUUUAAUUCAAAUGUCAAAAGCUCACAAAAGCUUAAGUAUUUUGAAUGGUAUUUUAGACACUGUUUACUAUUACUCGAUAUUUCAGACCUAAGAUGAAAACAGAAUUGAAAGAGUUGCAGUCUUCAGAAGAAAGUAAUUUGAUUUCAUUGCAAACAAAGCAUUUUACAUCGUAAAAAAAAAAGUGUUUUAAAAGACGAGGGGCACCAGGGAGUUAAGUGGAGGAGCAAUAAUCAUAAAUUUGGAUAUGAUAUUUAUUAUUACAUUUGGUUAAAACAAAAAAGCAACAAUAGCAACUUGAGUGGCGCCACCGUAUUUUACCCCUAAACAAUAUUCAGUUCUUUCAAUAGAGAAUUAAAUAGAAGAUGAAUGGUUCACAAUUAAACCAAACUAAUGACAUUUCUAUCAAUUCAAUAAAUGUGUUUGAUCUAUUUUUAUUUUUAACGAUAUCACUUGUGGCAACUUUUGGCAACAUUGUGGUUUUUAUCUGCUACUACAAAUUCCAUUCCCUUCGAACAGUAACAAAUGUUUUCAUGUUAUCUUUGUCUGCCAGUGAUCUACUUGUAGCAUUAUUUUCAAUACCUCUGACAAUUUGCGUUUUUGUAUUUAAUGUAAGUUUUGUUCAUAAAGAUAUGUACUACGUGGGAGAUAUGAUGCCAAGUAUAGUGUCAAUAUACUCUUUAGCUUUAGUUGCUGUAGACAGAGCUAUGGUUAUCACAAAACCAUACUUUCACCAAGAAAAAAUAACUCGAAAAUCUGCUUGGGUUUCAGUUUGUAUUACAUGGCUAUUAAUGCUGAGUUACACACUUGCUGGAAUGGCUUUCAAUGACCCUAAUGGUGAUUCCGCAAAAAUAUUCACUAUCACUGUUGUAUUUGUGUCUUAUGGUUUUCCUGUAGCGGUCAUGAUUAUAUCAUAUACAAUAAUGGGAUUUGUUGCUAAAAAACACGCAAAGGAAUUAAAAAGUCUUGACCGAACAAUUGUACGAUUAAGAAGUGAUCGAGACGUACUUAUAACAGAAGAUUCACCAAAUCUUAUUAAAAACAAGGUUAUUGAUGAAUUAAAAACAGAAAAUAAAAUCCAAGAUAUUAAAAAUAAUACCAGUCUUCAAUCAUCUGGCAACGGGCAUGUAAUUAGUGGAUUAGGUUCAACGCGUCAUUUAAAAAGGGAACUAAAAGCCGCGCUGACUCUAUCGAUGAUACUCAGUUGUUUUAUAAUUACUUGGACACCUUUCAUGUCACUAAACAUGAUUCACCUAGCAAACAAAAGAUUUAACCAAGUACUUGUAAAAUAUUUUAAAAUACUUCAUUACGCCAACUCUGCGUUGAACCCUAUUUUAUACGUUAUUUUAAAUCAAAGAUGGCGAAAAGCAUUUACAAAAAUUUUAUGUAGCUGCAAUAGUCAAAAUCCAUUUCGUACAAAAUCUAGUUUCAAUAAAUCUUCACCUUCAUUUUCAAAACGAAGCAACGACUGGUGAAAAUAUGAAUUAUUAAUAAUUAUUAUUUUAUUAUUUUAGUUAGUAUUAUUUGCAUAAAAUUGAAA